GCCAAAUAUAGCACUCUUACUUGUUUAUUCAAAGUUUAGAAAAAUAAGUGAACCUUAAAUUUAAUAUUUACCUAAAAAUAUCACAAAUACAUACCUAUGUAUAAUGUACAUCAAAAUAUAAACAGACUUGUCCAUCAAAAAUCACUGAAACGAACACUUUGUAAUGGUAUAUAAAUAAGCGAUAUUGUUGUAGUUCAUUUAAAAAAGCCUAUUCAGUUUAAUGUAUUAAACAUGUAUUUAAUACAAAUAACACAACUGCUGUUAACAACAAUGGCUAUUUCAGCUAAAGAACUGGAGGAAACCAAUACUACGUUUCUACCUUACACCUUAAAAUCACAGAAAAAGCAAGAUGCAGUAUUAGCGGACUCGUUACAAAAUAUUGUAUUAAGCAGUAAUAACGCUUACAUUACAAAGGAUAAAGAAGCAUUAAAUGUAUACGAAGAAAAUAGUGAAAUAAUUAAACCGUCAGAGAAGAAUAAUUGGGAAAGACUAACAACAUUUCUGUCUACAGGUCCAGCCACUUCAAAUAAACAUGAAGUUAGUAGUUAUUUAUGCAAUACACAAAAUCUACAACACUCAACAUCAUUUUUUAUCAUAUAUUUUAUUUAGCAGUGUGACAUUAUUUAAUCGUUUAUUGUCUUUGUCCCAGCCAUUUGGUUUGGUCGGAAAUUGUAAUUUCUACAAAAAUGACUUGUAACAAACAAACAAUCAACUUAUGUAUGUUUAACAGUAUAUUAUUAAGAAACGUCAUACUGUUUUAAUAAAAUUUAAUAAAAAUACAUAAAUAUUUUUGUAUAUUUAUUCAGUAAAAUCUUUUAACUAUAAACGACCUUUUAGGUUCGAUUAUGUUAAAUUAAA